AUUUUGCGAUGUCCCUAAAGCGCCGUAGCAGCACGCCGCCGCCGACGCGGGUCCGCGACUUCCCUCUCCUUGUAGAGAAGUCCAAGGGCGACAAGGAUAAGUUAGUGGUGCACCUCCAGGUGAUUGUGCUCGACAUGGACGACUUGCAGACCUCCACGUCGGCGUACGUAUCAGUGCUCAUUGCCGACGACACAGCGGCGGCAACGUUGCUCUUGAAGCGAUCCGUGGCACAAUGUCUGAACUUUGGAGAUAUCCUGAGUGUCGAGAAUGCUGCACUCGUCUUCCACAACACCCACUUGGUCGUGAGCUUGACGCCCACCGGACGUCUCGAGCGGGUGGGUGAAUUCACGAUGGUGUUCAAGGAGAAUCCCAACGUCAGCAACUACGUGUAUACAAAGGACUCAUCUGGACUCAUGGUGCUGGAUCGACGGCCAAAGCCACCGCAGCCCCGGUAGAAUGCUGCAUGUCUUGUUCCGGCAACCACGACGACUCCAUUGGCACUACUUGAAAUGGAUUAACACGGACCACCAUGAUUCCCAUCUUCAUGGUUCUACCGUGUAAGUUGUCAUUAAACUGACCAUCAAAGAAGUUAUAACGUUACGGUCGAA